AUGAAGAGUGAGCCAAGUAGGAAUAACUCAGAAUUGACAGAAUUUAUUCUGCUGGGAUUCAGGACAUCUCAAGAAGUACAGGUUUUCUUAUUUUUACUGUUCUUACUUAUUUAUCUGGCAAUUGUAUUGGGCAACAUCAGCAUGUUAAUUGUCAUUAAAAUCGACUACAGACUUCACACACCUAUGUAUUUCUUUCUUAGAAACCUGUCCCUUUUAGAUCUCUGCUACUCCACAGUCAUUGCACCCAAAACUCUGGCUACUUUCUUGUCCAAGGAAAAGAAAAUUUCCUACAAUGGGUGUGCGACGCAAUUCUUCUUCUUUGCUCUUUUUGUUGGGACUGAAGGUUUUCUCCUGGCUGUGAUGGCUUAUGAUCGCUUCUCAGCCAUUUGCUCACCUUUCCUCUACACAGUACGCAUGUCCCAGCAGGCUUGUGUUCGCUUGGUGCUUGGUUCCUACGUCUGCGGAUGCAUCAACUCCAUGAUCCAAACAGGUUUCACCUUCAGUUUGCGUUUCUGUCAAGAAAAUAGACUGGACCACUUUUUCUGUGACGUCCCGGCCCUGAUCAAGAUCGCAUGCGUUGACACCUUUGUGAACCAGAUUGUGCUGUUCGUUCUCUCUGCACUCAUCAUUAUCACCACCACCAGUGUCAUCCUGGUUUCCUAUGGGUAUAUCCUCUCCACUGUCCUCAAGAUCCCCUCCAGCCAGGGCAGGAGUAAGACCUUCUCCACGUGCACCUCUCACAUCACAGUGGUGAGUUUAUUCUAUGGAACUGUGUUCUUCAUGUACGCCCAGCCCGGGGCCAUCUCCUCACCAGAGAAAAGCAAGAUUAUAGCUGUAUUCUACACUCUCGUCAUCCCUAUGUUGAAUCCUCUGAUUUAUAGUCUAAGGAACAGGGAGGUGAAAAAUGCUUUGAAAAGGAUAUUGUUGAAAAAAAUGCUUUUUCAUUGA